GUCAAAGUCAAAAACAUCUUGUGUCUGUUGUGUCAUUCGUGUCUGAAAAAUAGGUGCGUUAGAGAGUCGCUCCGAACUCAAAUUCGAAUUAAUAACUAACGAUAUAUUUAAAGAUUAAAAACUAUGAGAUUGAAGUGAAAUAGUUUCGAGAUAUGACGGAUUUCGAGCCAUCGGAUUCAUAUUACAACGGACUAAACGAUUUGCGAUAAAAGUUUGUGUGUGUUUUUUUCAAAGUGCGACGUUAUAAAGUUGUUUAUGGUGUCCUCAAAAUUAUGGAAAUAUCAUGGAAAUGGCUGAGCCUCUGCCUGGGUCUUGUACUCGUGGGAUUAUGCAACGGAUUUCCGAUCAACUUGGAAGAUACAAAUGCUGAACAUACGCAAUUUCUGACAGGUUUAGUGGCCAUUCUACUGACAGUCUGCAGUAUCGUAUUUUUGGCUGGUUGUCUAUGUUGUCAUAGAAGAAAUGGAUUUAAGGAGGAAAAGGAUAAGGAAUUCCGGAAUAGUCCAGUGGUGGCCUCUGUCGCAUCCAACUUGGACAAUGGUCAAGUGAACCCGAUAGCCAACGGCGAGUUUACCAUAUUUACGCCACUAUCUCCGCCCUUAUACAACAACAAUGUCUUCCUUGCCAACGAACAAGUUAUAACACGGACCUCGGAUGAUUACGUCUAUGGGGAUAUCGACGUUAGUUUUUGGUUUGAUCCUUCUAAAAAGGACUUUCCCAGAGUGAAAUUAAAGUACAUAAAGGAACUAGGAAAAGGAUGGUUUGGGAAAGUGGUAGAAGGUGCAGCCCAGGACCUAGACAACGGAAAGUCCUGGACACCAGUUGUAGUAAGAAUUCUGGAUGCGGCAUCGAACGCAAGGCAGCGGGUUCUUUUCCUGAACGAUGCUUCUAUCUACUUGGCUCCAGAGCACCCAAACCUUCUAGCUUUAAAAGGCAGAUGCGUGGGAGCUGCUCCGUUACUUUUGCUCCAAGAAUUUUGCUCUGGUGGAGAUCUGAAAGCAAGAUUAAGAUCAGUAGGUGCAGAGAAUAAAGUUCUGCAGUGGUGUUGCGAAGUUACGUCAGCCUUGAGGCAUUUACAUGAUCACGGAUUGGUUCAUCAUGACUUGGCUUCUCGUAAUUGUCUUCUUACCGAUUCCUUAACUCUAAAAGUUGGAGAUUACGGUUUGGGACCGACAAAAUACCCAGAAGAUUACUAUAAAGGAGGCGAGCCUCUCGUACCGGUUCGUUGGAGGUCUCCAGAAUCCUUAGAAUGCACUCUUACCACCAUCCAGCCAAAGAAGAUGACCACGGAGGCCAACGUGUGGUCUUUGGGAGUCGUUAUGUGGGAAAUAUGUGAAAACGGUGCUCAACCUUAUGGAGAGUUCGAUGAUGACGAGGUGAUAUCGAAAGUGUUUGGCAUAGAACGGUUAAGAUUAGGCAAGCCUAGCAAAUCCGAGAUGUAUACCGAUUAUAUCUUCCGCUUGAUACAAAUGUGUUGGAGUAACGCGGACACCCGGCCCAAAGUCUCCCAAAUCGACAUGAUGCUCUCUGAUCUCCUGCAAGUGCACAGAAAUACUCAGAACCAAAUCCCGAACGCCACCAACGAUUUCGAAAGGAGAUGGGAAUCUCUCAAACCCAAUACCAUCGUCAAAACUGACAAUUACUCCGUCAGUAUCAACAUAGAACCUGGCGACGUCAACAUUUCCAAACCCAUGUCGCCUAGCCUGAACAACUUACACGGUUCCCUAGAUAAUUUAACGGAAGUGCAACCAAUGGAAUCGUGGUUGCAGAACGUAGCCUCGGAAACCAGAGACCCAAACUACGUUAAGGGUCUCUCGGAAGCGAUCAAAACCCUCGAUACUGCCUUAGAAUUAGAAACGAUUUCAACCAGUUCGGAUCACAGCUUUAAACAAGACCAUAAUAAUACUAACCUCAACGUAGAUUUUAAGUUAGGUCCUUCAGUAUUUUCCGUAAUCGACAGACUGCCAGAUUCUCCAAAUCAAAACGAUAGCUUAACUGAUAGUAUGAUAUUUAAACAGCCAGGUAGUAGUGAAAGUGAAACUGAAGAAGAGAAUUGGAGGAAGAAAGUUGAACGUGGGGCUUAUAGCGAAAAGGUUAAGUUAAAAUCUAGAUCAGUAGCUGAUUUGAUGGUUCUAACUCACGUGGAUUACUCUGAAUCGGAAUCAGAAACUCCUUUACCUAGCCUAGACUACCGGGCAAACAAAAGUGGAAGAAAAUCAAACUUGGAGACGGUCAGUUUAAAUUUCAGCAGCGAAGGAAACUUACUAAAUGUAGAGAAUGAUUUUCAAGAAGAGUUAAGGAAGUUACAAAUCGAAAGAAGAGACAGUUUGCUUUUUGUGCCUGACACAGAAAGCCGGAAUAAUUCAAAUUUGAGCCUUCUUCACGAACUGAACAGUCCAACUAAAAUCAAACCGGCUAGUCAAGUUUUCAACGUCUUCAACGUUACUAUAGACAAGUUUUCUACUUUGAGAGCUAGCGGGUCCAAGCUUUCUGAACUAAUCGGAAUUGUUGAAGACGCCAGGAGUUUCAGUAGGCAAGAUAGUGAAAAUAAAAGUGAUUUGGGAUAUGCUACUUUGCACAACAGCGAGAGAAACAGUGAUUUUGGUAGUGUAGAUGGAGAACAAUUGUUAGAAGACAGAAUAGGUUACAUAAAGAGUGAAAUAGAAGAACGAUUAAGGAACUGCGAACUUACGAUUAGUAAUCCAGAAAAAUCAGUCAUUGUGACUGAUUCAGAAGAUGAAACUAUUAGUGCGAAAAACAUGAUUGUGGUCAAGCAGAAUCUACCUGAUAUUUUAGCUAGUUUAGAUCAAGAACAUAAUCAAAAUAUUGUAGAUUUAAUUGAGUCAAACUCACUUCAGUUGAACGGGAGCAACAAAUACGUCGAUUUAGAACAAGAUGGGAUUAAGGAUCUAUGUAAAAGAUUCAUUGAAGAGGAAAGUUACAGUAUUUUAAGUCAAAUUAAUGCAGCAGAUAACAAUAGUUUAUUAAAUAAGGAUGACUCAGUACAAAAAGAAAUUGAUGAAAAUAUCCAAUCUACGUUGUCGAUAGAAGAUAAUUUACUUCAAUCUGUUCCAAAAUUAUCUGACAUGAUUCGGAAUAAUACAAAUUUAGUGGGUAUUUUUAGAAAUAUUGAUAAGCAGUAUAAUCAAAGAGAAGUGGUUAAUGAUAGGGAAGUAGUUCAUAAUGAAUCUCAGACUGUACCUGAUUUUUGUAGUAAAAAUGUCGAAAAUGUAAAAAGUAGUAAUAGCGUAGAUUAUAAUAAUAUCGAAGAUUUUCUGAUAAUGAAGAUAUCCAGCGGUCAAGAUGUGUUGCGGAAAGCUUCUAUUGCAUCGAGUUCGUCAAACUCUUCAAAGGAGCAGGUGUUUUCGGAAAGCCUUGUGCCAGAAUUGAAGGAUAGUUUUGUAGAAGGGCCUAAAAUUGAAGGACUUAAUCCACCAAUAAGAAAGUCUGGAAAUACCUUGCAGUUAACUGAUGAGCAAGUUGAAUUCAACGAUUGCGACAGUUUGAGUCAAUAUUCCGAAGAUGGUAGUAUUGAUUCUUUCUCAGCUGAAAUUCUAAGUGAAGCUACGGAAAAAGAAAUUAACGAAGAAGAUUAUGUUGGUUCAGAAAACGAAUCAUCAAAGGAUCAUGAUGAUUUAGUUAGUGAAACUGAUAAUUUAGAUGUUUUUGUUGAUGAUGUUGUUAAGGAAAAUCAGAAUGACACUCAGCAAAAUCAAUCUUGUGUGGACGAGGCAUCAAGGAUGCAUAAUUUUGAUGAAGAUUAUUACAAAAAUCAUCCAGUAUCAGUAUUUUUAGAUGAAGAGAGAAAACAUGCUCAAAUUGAUAACAAAGCUGAAAAUAUUUAUGAUGAAAUUCAAGAUUGCCAGACUAGCGGUACAGUUAAAACUGAAGCUGAAAUUGAAGAAAUUUCAAUUGAUAGUUUGUUAAAUGAGAAUAUUGAUAACUCUAAAGAUAUUGAACAGCUAUCUUCAAAUAAUAUCACACAGCAUAUUCAAAAAGAUGAUGAAACAAGUCAAGAAAAUGACGUUGAAAAACCUAAACCGCUUAGUUUUGAACUUAACAAAACCUUUGAAAACACGAACGUACCGAAUGUUAAACCCAGGGUUGCCUUCGAUUUGAGUAAAGAUCAAGAAGAAACAAUGCCAAAUUCGCUAACUCAUCCUUCCAUGCGCACCAGUACACCAUUUAGGAAGAAACAAGAGCACUCUCUUACAUCUCAAAGUCCCUAUUCCAGUAUCAACCUCUUUGACGCUCCUCAAACUAAUCAAGAAGAGAUCAUGCAGUUCUCUUCAAACUUCUUGCCUUUAGAACCUGAACAGGCGGAUAAUCAAAAUAAAUUAAAUUAUUCACUGGAAACCUGGGAUAAUUUCUUGGGAAAAUCAUUUGAUUCUAACCGGGGAAGUAACGAGAACUUGUUUGACAGUUUUAGUUCCGAACCUCAGAGCAUGUUGUUUAUAGAUGAUGCUCAGAAAGGAAAUGAUGUAAUAAAUGAUGAAGGAGAUACAAAAAGUGAUAAUAAUACCAUUGUUAAGGAUAAAACGUUCGUGAAAGAUGCAACGUUUACCAAAGAUGGAACAUUCCUGGUUGAAGAUAAUAAAGACGGUACUUAUGUGAUGGACAAAACGGAAAAUAUUGAAGAAAAUAAAAAAGAUAAAGAAGAAAAUAACUGGGAGAGUGGUGGUGGAUGGUUUUUGCAUCCACAAUUUCAGAAUGAUAAGCUAACUGGAGAUAUUGAACCUCAAGCAAGUACAAGCAAAGGAAGCUACGUAGGUUUUGGAGUGGAUGACGAGAUAAUGGCCGCUAUCAGGAACGAAUUACUAGAAAAACUACCUCAUGCGCAGGGGGCAUCACAAGAAGCGGCAAAAGAAGAAGAGCUGGAUCAAACAGAAAGAAAUGAAGUCUUUCUUCGGUAUAAUGUGUAUAAUAAUCCACUAUCCCCUAUUCCGGAAGAGAGUUUUGAAGAGAACGAAGAUGAUCAACCCACACCAGAAGCUACACCCCCCAAGUUGGAAGAGACUGACAGCGAUUGGUCAGACCAGGGCGACCCCGACGGGCCCCAAAUGCUGUCAUCUCAGACCAAUGAAAGUCCGCUAAGAGUUCCUAAUCACAGACACACGCCUAGCCAAGAUUCUUGCUGUUCUAACGAUACACUUUUUAACCUGGAGGAUUUUGUCUGUGCCAACGAAAAAGACACAACUCCAGACAAAGAUUCUGAGAAUUUACUUAAAUUAGAGAACAUAACGUUUAAAGUAGAUGAAGAAAGCUCUGGUACGAAAGAUAAUCAGACAUUAUGUGCUGAUGUAGUUGACGAAACAGGGGAAGUCAAAAGUUUAGAAGAUAAUACCGUUUCUAAAGAUGUUAGUGAACCUACUUUAAUAGUUGAGUCUUUAGACGGUAAUACUGUAGUUCAGACGGAGAUUUCUAGUCCAAAUCAGGUGUCUACCAGUGAAUUUUUAGAUAGUGAGAGAAAUCAUACGUCUAGUAUUGAUGGUUUGCUUCCCUUUGGCACAAAGCAGGUUGCCCCACUUCCUUCUCCAGAAGACAAUCCCUGGAAAUCAUUACCUGCUUCUUUACUAACUUUUGAAAAAAUUACUAACUUGCCAGAAAAAGCUGAGAGUUUAUCAGAAAGUUUAGAAGAUACUUCACCAGAAAUUUUAAACACUCCUAAAGGAAAUAUGACAGAAGAGGGAAAUACAACUUCUGAUAAAACCGAUGUUACUUCAGAUAGAGAUAAAAUUGAUGAUGCCACAUACGAGAAUAUCGACAAUUUUGUUGAAUCCAAUAAUACUGAAGUAGAUCUCUAUAUGAACGUCCCUGCUUCAAGUUCAAUCACUGACGCUGUGUAUGAAAAUAUUGAGAAUCCAGCUGAUAUAAUCAACGAAGCUGACUACGUGAAUCUUAUUAACUUGGAGAAUGAAGAGAACAGAAAAAACAACGAAAUUUCAUACGAAUCCAAGGAUUUUGAGGAUAGUUUUGACCAAAAAGACCGGCUAGUUAUUGAGAAUGGCGAUCACGAUAUAUUUGGAGUUUUGACGGAUAUAAGGUUCAAUGGACCACUAGAUAAUCAGCUGAUGUCGACGUCUUUUAGCGAGAGUAAUGAAGUUGACGAACAGGAUUGGGACAGCGGUUCGGAUACGAGAUCAAGUUCGAGUGGAGAAUUUAUAUGGAAGGAAGGGGAGCAUGAGGAAUCACUCAAAGCCCUAAGAGCUGCCCCGCAUGACAUGUUGGACGAUAUUAAGCCAAUGGAGGAAAUAACGGAAGAAACUUCCGGAAGUGACGUCAGCAGUGACGACGACGGUGAAACACCGGAAUUUGUACCUUCAGCCUGGGACAAGUACGCCACACCGACAAAAUCAGCUCUACGGUCUCCAGAAAAAAGUCUGGAAAGAUCAGAUUAUAAAAAGCCUAGAGGUGUCUGGUUUAAAAAACAAAAAUACCAUUGCGUGUACGAAUAUCCCAGAGAACCUGAAAGCCCCAUUUUACAAAGUCAGGACUUGUGGAAGCCUCAGCCCGAUUUUGCCGCUAUUUCUGACUGGGAAUUUGACGCGGAGACCUAUCUGCCCCCACCCACUGGUGAUAGUGACAUAAUUCCGAGUACCUUUACCUUCAAACCUAAAAUUAACAACAGUAGACGUAGUUUAUAUUUCCUUACGAACAUUGAUGGCCAGGGUGCAAGUCAUUCAGGUACCUCGGAAGAUUUCAUGGUCUCCAGCUCGACGAAUCCAUUCGAUAUCAAUCCCCUCUGUUCUCAGUUCUUCCCCGGCAGUUCCAACUGGAUAGGGAACGUGACUCCCGACAGCGGUUUGGAGGAUUUGACUCCAGGAAGUGUGAGUGACACUUCCGAGCUGUCGGCGAGUUACCAGGAGCAAGGUAAACAGAUCCAGCCUUUGAGGAAAUUGGCCGCCGUUGCUGUCAAAUUGAAUAAACAACAGGAGGAGAAUAAAGCUUCAAAAGAUGCAUUGGGUGGUUUACGCCACACCCGCAACAAACUCAAACUCGACCUACCGCCCAGUCCAAGCGCUUUUACCACCAGCAAGUCUUUCAGCAUCGAACCAUCGCCCGAACCAAUAGUCCUGAGGGAAAAACCCACCUUUUCCACCUUUGGAAAAAGCAGGUUCAUGGUCCAACAAGUAGACACUCCAACAGAAUGCAUAGUCAACCAACAAAAGAACGUGUGCUUCGAUGUACUCCCUUACAAACCCUUGGUAAUCCCCCUUGAACUCAAAGAUGAAAUAAUUUACGAACCUUUAAAAGAGAAUUUUGACGAAACCACUCGUUUUUGUUCGAAAAAAGAUGUUUUCUCUAAAGGAGAAGCAAGUUUGUUAGACAGCGCAGACGAGGAUAGCGGUAUAGAGUCCAGUACGUUAGAGAGAAAGGUCAAUAACGAAGCGGCUAAAGAACAUAAUCUUAAACUCCAGUAAAUGGAGGUAAGGGUUGUUUUUAGCUGUUGAUGAUAACGUUGAGAGGUUUUUUGUGAUAAUAGAAUAGUGUGGGGCUUUUCUUAGGAGGUAUCUAUGAAUUUCGGUAGUUUUUAAGUUGUUUUUUUUUGAAGAAGAUAUAUGGCAAGAAAAAAAGACGAUAUUUUCCUACUGUAGCCAAUUCUUUUUGAAUUUGUAGAAAAUCAGAUCAUGAUAAUAGGAAAUAGAAAAAGAUAUAGCAAUGAUCAUAGAAGAAAAAAAGAACACAUCAUAGAGACCCAGUAUCCAAUUCUGAUCCAUUAAAAAUAUUCAUUGAAAGAUUGCUUCCCAAUCAUACAACUAAAAGACUAUCAAACUUGUAAUGUAUGAUUGAAUGAAAACGUCAUCACAGUAGGUAUACGAAGAUUAUUUUAGUUUAAGCACAUCUAUGGGUCUCUAAUUUAUUUGAUAUUCUUGUUAAGUGUUAAUACCUUAAAAUUAACUUCAAAUAAUUUCUGAAAUGUUUAUUCUUAAAAAAUUGCUUGUACUUGUUAUAUUAUUGUGUUUUAACGUUUAUUGAUUGUACGCCAACGUUUAUUGAUUUCUCUAUAUACGUUUUUUAAAGGUCUUUAUGAUGUGUAGCAAUUUUAUUUUAGCGCUUACUUGAAUCUCCACUACAGGGUCCGACUAUUUCUUGUAGUAUUUAGACUGUUUUUAGUUUGAAGGUUUAUUUUUGUAAUCUAUGUCAAUAUAGGUUAGUAUGUAUAUGUACUAGUUUUUUAGUUGUAAUAUAAAAAACGUUUGUAUAAUUCUUGAA